AUGGUAGAGAAUACAGCAUUUCUAAGAACAAUAGCAAUGAAACAAUCGACAUUAAGUCUAAAUGCAUUAGAUUCAACAGAAUCAUCUAUUGCUACACCUAUUUCUUUAUCGAAAACCGCUCAUGCCUACUGGGAAAGCAUGAUGAUUUCACAAAAUAAAAAUUUCUUUUUAGAACCGAAUAAAGUUAGGAUCUCCAUUCUAACAUGGAACGUUGCAGGAAACACCCCUGAUGCUGUUACAAAAGAAGAAUUCGAGAAAACAUUUACUCAACCCGCUGCUUCAGCAGAUAUAGUUGUAAUAGCUAUAGAAGAGAUAGAAAUGUCAGUUAAGUACUUAGUUACUGGAUCGACAAACCAUCGUGCCGUAUGGACAGAUAUCAUUAAAUCUUCACCAGAAGCUGGAGAUAAUUCGUAUUUCGAACUAGCCUGUAUGGAAACUGUAGGAACUGUUUAUAUAGCAGUACUUGUACGCAAAGAUUUAGCGAUUCCCCAUAAAGUUGGCCCAACAACAAACUUAAAAUUAGGAGUUGCUGGAUUAAUAGCUAAUAAAGCAGCAGUUCUCAUUCCUAUCACUGUAGGAGAGGCCAAAAUCAUGGUUGCUACAGCCCAUUUGGAAGCACAUGCUCAAAAUCUCGAUGCAAGAAUUGAUCAGUUGCAUCAGAUCUUCGAAACUAUCGGAGAAUCAUAUGAUUACAUUUUCAUUGCAGGAGAUCUUAAUUUUAGAGUGGUUUUGCCCUAUGAAACCGCUGUAAAUUUCGCAAAUAACUCAAGAGUUGACCAGUUAUUGCAAAACGAUCAGUUGAAACAAGCCCAGCAUAAAGAUCCAAUUCUUUCAACGUUAAACGAAGCAGAAAUUCGUUUUAACCCAACUUACAAAUUUGACAAUAAUUCUGAUGUUUACGACACCUCUCAAAAAAAGAGAGUUCCCUCUUAUACUGACAGAAUCCUUUACAAGAACAACCCACCUAAAUGCGCACUUGGUGUUGACCAAACGAUCAAUUUUGAAACAGAUGCUUGGAAAUGCUUCAAAGAGAAAGGAUCUUGUAAAUUUUUGACAGAUUGUAACUUUAAUCUGAAAAUUCCUGCAGCGAACUAUCCUUGCCCUAUAGAAUGUGUCUGUUACAGGUCAUUAAAAUCGAAAUUUUCAGACCAUAGACCUGUUCUUGGAAAUUUCAAAUUAAUUGUACCUGUAAAGAACCAAGAUAAGUUUGAUGAGCUUCAACAGAUCAUCCGUGAUAAAUAUGAAGAGAUUGUUGAGCUUUGUAAGCCUUGUUUGAAUUUAGAACCAAGUAUCGUAAGUUAUAAUGGUGAAAAAGAGAAAAAAGUUAAACUAAUCAACACUUCUUAUGUAUGGGCAAACUGGAGUGUUAAAGAAGUUAAUGGAAAAUUCAAUCUUUCACCAACAAGCGGAAUAUUAACUGCUGAUCAAUCUAUUGACCUCACAAUAUCUUUUAAUGAUGAUUUCUCUGUAACGGAUUCAUCAUUUACUUUGUCUGUUCUGGGAGGAAAUAAUUUGAUUAUUAAUUUCAAUAGAGAAGCAAUUAGUCUUGAGCCAUCAACUCCCGAAACCCAAAGAUAUCAAUCUAUUAGCCUUGCUAGCCUUAAAUCACUUAGAUCUCCUGCUUCAAUUUUAGGAGAAGAAUAUUCUUACGAAGAAGAGGAAGAUAGUCAUGAAAAGCUUUAUAUUGCACCUGUUAUUAUACCUCCUUCACUACAAGAUCCCCUUCCAAAUGAUCAAAACUCGGAUUUGUAA